UCUCUCCGCUUCUCGUCCAUUUUUCUUCUCGGACUCGCCCCCGAAUCUCGCCCUCCGCCAUUGCCGAGAGCUCCGGGCGAAGGUGCUCUGUCUUUCUUGCAAGCAAAGAUCUGGGGGAUGAUGGGUUUCGCGGCGAGAUCCGGGGCCAAGAUGGGAAUUAUCUCGAGAUUUAGGCUCUGGAUCUUGUUGUUCUUGUUGUUUUUCUUAUCUGGAGAAGGGUUUUAUCUCCCCGGGAGCUACCCCCAUAAGUACAUGGUGGGAGACACCCUGUCGGUGAAGGUGAACUCUCUCACCUCCAUCGACACCGAGAUUCCUUUCAGCUACUACAGCCUUCCCUUCUGCAAGCCCCAAGAAGGCAUCAAGGACAGCGCCGAGAACCUCGGCGAGCUCCUCAUGGGCGAUCGCAUCGAGAACUCCCCCUAUCGCUUCAAGAUGUUCACCAACGAGUCCGACAUCCUCCUCUGCCGAACCGGUCCUCUGUCCACCCAAGAUUUUAAUCUCCUCAAGAAGAGGAUCGAUGAGAUGUAUCAGAUUAAUCUGAUUCUUGAUAAUCUCCCGGCGAUCCGGUACACCAAUAAAGGUGAUUACGUCCUCCGGUGGACUGGGUAUCCGGUAGGGAUCCGGGCGGGCGACGCCUAUUAUGUGUUCAACCACCUGAAGUUCACAGUUUUGGUGCACAAAUACGAGGAGACCAAUGUAGCGAAGGUGAUGGGCACUGGGGAUGCCUCUGCUGCGAUCCCCUCCUUGGACAAGUCUGGUUCUGGCUCGCCUGGGUGGAUGGUCGUCGGGUUCGAGGUCGUUCCUUGCAGUUUCCAGCAUGAUUCAGAGUCCAUCAAGAAUCUGAAGAUGUACGACAAGUACCCGGCGAAGAUUCAGUGUGAUUCCACUACGGUGGCCAUGAGCAUGAAAGAAAAGCAGCCCAUUGUUUUCACCUAUGAGGUCUCUUUCGUGGAGAGCGAUAUCAAGUGGCCAUCCCGAUGGGAUGCUUACCUGAAGAUGGAGGGAGCCAAGGUUCACUGGUUCUCAAUCCUCAAUUCACUCAUGGUGAUUGCCUUCCUUGCUGGCAUUGUUCUUGUUAUCUUCUUGAGAACCGUCAGGAGGGAUUUGACCCGAUAUGAGGAGCUUGAUAAGGAGGCACAGGCGCAGAUGAAUGAGGAGCUCUCGGGAUGGAAGCUCGUAGUUGCGGAUGUUUUCAGGGCACCGAGCCAUCCACAGCUGCUCUGUGUGAUGGUGGGAGAUGGGGUUCAGAUUCUUGGUAUGGCAGUGGUGACCAUCUUGUUUGCUGCGCUAGGGUUUAUGUCCCCAGCUUCUAGGGGAACUCUUAUCACUGGUAUGCUGUUCUUCUACUUAGUACUUGGAAUCGCUGCUGGGUAUGCUGCUGUUAGGAUUUGGAAGACUAUCAGAUGUGGGGAUCCUUCUGGAUGGGCUUCAGUCUCAUGGCGCGUUGCUUGCUUCUUUCCUGGUAUCGCCUUCUUGAUCCUGACCAUGCUGAAUUUCCUCUUGUGGGGUAGCCAUAGCACAGGGGCCAUCCCUAUUUCUUUGUUCAUCGUACUGCUCUUGCUUUGGUUCUGCAUCUCGGUCCCGCUUACACUUGUGGGUGGAUUACUCGGUGCCAAAACUCCCCAUUUUGAGUAUCCUGUGAGGACCAAUCAGAUCCCACGAGAGAUUCCUCCACAAAAAUACCCGUCAUGGUUGCUGGUUCUGGGGGCUGGGACCCUGCCAUUCGGCACCCUUUUCAUUGAGCUCUUCUUCAUAAUGUCUAGCAUUUGGAUGGGUCGUGUCUAUUAUGUCUUUGGCUUUCUCUUUAUUGUGUUGAUUCUCCUCGUGGUUGUGUGCGCCGAAGUUUCUUUGGUCCUCACUUACAUGCAUCUGUGUGUGGAGGAUUGGAAGUGGUGGUGGAAAUCCUUCUUCUCAUCAGGAUCAGUGGCUAUAUAUAUCUUCUUAUACUCAGUGAACUAUCUUGUGUUCGAUCUUAAGAGUCUAAGCGGGCCCGUAUCUGCCACUCUCUACCUUGGGUACUCUCUCCUGAUGGUUAUUGCUAUCAUGCUUGCAACCGGCACCAUUGGAUUCAUUUCUUCGUUCUGGUUCGUGCAUUAUCUCUUCUCUUCGGUGAAACUAGACUGAGCUAGUUCCAUGGUUCCACAACAAGGUUUUUGCAAGGCUCCCAAAACGGAUAAACAUGUCAAAAAUUUCAAUCAGGCUGCAACUCCACAAGGAUAGCUUUUUUAUCAUAUUAUGAUUAAAUGGUCUAAUCUAAAUUAUAAUUUGACACUUCCUUUUCGGUUUUAUUUUUCUUAUACAUGUGUACUAUGUUUAAUACUGUGUAAACUUUUAAUUUAGGUCACCAUCUUGCUUGGUCAAAUGUGUUUGGUCUGGUAUUGGCAAUUAGGCGUGUCCAUAUAAC